AUGAUGAUGAAGAAGGGGUCGUGGAGCCCCGAGGAGGACACCUUGCUGACCAGCCUGGUGGAGCAGCACGGCCCCCAUCGCUGGAGCCUCAUCAGCGCCGCCAUCCCUGGUCGCUCCGGCAAGUCCUGCCGUCUCCGUUGGUGCAACCAGCUCAGCCCCGACGUGCACCACCGCCCCUUCACGCCGCGCGAGGACGCGCUCAUCCUCGCCGCCCACGCUCGCUAUGGCAACAAGUGGGCCACCAUCGCGCGCCUCCUCCCUGGCCGCACCGACAACUCCAUCAAGAACCACUGGAACUCCAACCUACGCAGGUGCAGGCGUCGGGCGGCGGCGGCAGCUGCAGCGGCGGCAUCAACCUCCCGUGGUGCUGCUGCUGCUGCAGGCCCCCAGCCGCCGCGCCGCAUCAACCUGCUGCAACAGCAAUCUGCUGAGAAUCAGCCGCCUCCGGUGGCAGAUCAACAACAGUGCAUGAUGAUGGGAUUAGCAGGGCCCAACCCCAACAACAACAGCACUGAUCUGCUGCAUGGGACUGCCGCCGCUGAGCCUCCCACAUCUCUGUCCCUGAGCCUGGGCCCACCACUGCCACCAGCAGAUCCAGAUCAAGCCGCUGCUGCUGAUGAGGUCGUUGCGGCGGCCAAGCAGGCACUGCUACCAGCAGAGCCGCCUGGAGGCAUGAUGAUGAAAAUGAAAGCUGCAGACCUGCAGCCAUCGCCGCCACUGGCCCUGCCUCAUCAUCAUCAGGAAGGAAACGCGCAGCUAAUAGCGGCGGUGCGGCAGAUGGUGAGGGAGGAGGUGCAGCGCGCCUGCUCACUUAUGGCUGCUGCAGCAUGGGCAAAGCAGGGACACCAUCGCUGA